AUGGCUCGCAGAUACGACUCACGCACCACCAUCUUCUCUCCAGAAGGCAGACUCUACCAGAUCGAGUAUGCAAUGGAAGCCAUCAGCCACGCCGGCACCUGUAUAGGCAUUCUCGCCAGCGAUGGCGUUGUCCUUGCCGCAGAGAAGCGCGUAACUUCAAAGCUUCUCGACAAAGCUGAAGCUAGCAACGAAAAGAUAUUCGAACUCAACGCCAACAUACUCGCAGGUGUAGCUGGUAUUACCGCAGACGCCAACUCGCUGGUAAACUACUCGAGGAUGCAGGCGCAGAAGUACUUGUACACGUACGACGACAACAUCCCCGUUGAACAACUCACACAGAGGCUAUGCGAUUUGAAGCAGGGAUACACUCAAUACGGCGGUCUUAGACCUUUCGGUGUUUCUUUGCUCUAUGCUGGACACGAUAUGCACCAUGGCUUCCAACUAUACCAUAGCGAUCCGUCAGGUAACUACUCUGGCUGGAAGGCUACCUGUGUAGGCGCAAACAAUGGUACCGCCCAGUCUCUCCUUAAACAGGACUACAGAGACGGCGUUAGUCUUUGGUCACCUGCCCCUGACCAACAUGAUGAAACUGAAGGCUCGAAAUGUGGUGCUGUGGAAUUGGCUUGCAAAGUUCUCGGUAAAACUUUGGACGCAACAACAAUAGAUUCUGAUAAAGUCGAAUUCGCUAUCCUCAAACUCGACCCAAAAACUGGAAAACCAAAAGGUCAGAUUCUCAAAGCACCCGAAAUUGACAAUCUUCUAGUAAAAGUCGGCCUCUCAAACAAGAAAGACCAAGAAGGAAUGGACGUUUCAUGA